CUAUUAUGUUCCAAAAUAACCGGGCCAAAUUACGCAAAGCCCUUUACAUAGCAAAGGUACUAAUUACCGGCACGCAAGUACAAACCCCAACAACUCAAAUUAAUAAGACAAUAAUACCCCCAAAUAAGUCCAGCGUGUCAAGUUCUGAUUGGUCGUCUUCAAUUUUAUUAACAAAACAAAAGUAUGUACAGUACACGUACAUGUAGCGUAACAAACCUCUCCUGCUAAUCUAUAAAUUCGAGAACACGGCCACCACUAAAUCUGUUUCCUGUCACCCUCCACCCCCACGCGCCGCCGUUUCCCAGCAAAAGUACAAACCCCCUUCAGCUAAACGGAAAUACAACAUCGUAUAGUAAUUAGUCCUAUUAAUCCAAUGAAUUCACCCCCACCACAACACCAUGCAGUCUCAAUUUCUGCCCCAGGAUUAGAAUCGCAACAACUACAAUCGCGCGAGCAAGAAGACAGGGAGGAAGAAUCGCACCGUCUAUUGCCCUCGUCGGCGUCCCCUUCGUCCGAAGCCGCUCUCGUUAAAUCAGGGGGAAAUUGCGAUGGCGUCGCCGGCGACGACGAAGAAGCGGCGUACGAUAGCCGGGAGAAGAUCCUGAUCGAGGAUUUCGAAUUGGAUUCGCCGACUUGCUCCACCGUGCCGCCGUUUUCGUUUAAGAAGCUAUGGCUGUUCACGGGCCCGGGUUUUCUGAUGAGCAUAGCGUUUUUAGAUCCGGGGAAUCUCGAGGGGGAUCUUCAGGCGGGCGCAAUUGCCGGUUACUCGCUGCUGUGGCUGCUGAUGUGGGCGACGGCGAUGGGUCUGCUGAUUCAGCUUCUGUCGGCGAGAAUCGGGGUGGCGACGGGGCGGCACUUGGCGGAGCUCUGCCGCGAGGAGUAUCCGUUUUGGGCGGGGAUAGUUUUGUGGAUCAUGGCGGAGCUGGCGUUGAUCGGGGCGGAUAUUCAGGAGGUGAUUGGAAGUGCGAUUGCUAUUCAGAUUUUGAGCCGGGGGUUUCUGCCCCUUUGGGCUGGUGUUCUAAUUACUGCUUCUGAUUGCUUUGUGUUUUUACUACUUGAGAAUUACGGAGUGAGGAAGUUGGAAGCUGUUUUUGCAGUUCUCAUUUCAACUAUGGCGCUAUCGUUCGCUUGGAUGUUUGCCGAUGCUAAGCCAAACAAGACCGAGCUUCUAAUCGGUCUUUUGAUUCCGAAACUUAGCUCAAGAACAAUUCGUCAAGCCGUGGGAGUUGUGGGUUGUGUAAUAAUGCCACACAACGUCUUUCUACACUCUGCUUUGGUACAAUCAAGACAAGUUGACCCGAAAAAGAAAGGUCAAGUCCAGGAGGCAAUCAACUACUACUCCAUCGAAUGCACAGCUGCCCUUCUCGUCUCUUUCAUGAUCAACUUAUUUGUCACAGCUGUAUUUGCAAAGGGGUUUUACGGAACUAAACAAGCAAACAGUAUAGGCCUAGUAAAUGCAGGACAGUACCUUGAGGAAAAAUACGGCGGAGGGUUUUUUCCGAUUCUUUAUAUAUGGGGUAUCGGAUUAUUGGCAGCGGGGCAGAGUAGUACGAUAACCGGAACUUAUGCUGGGCAAUUUAUAAUGGGAGGGUUUCUUAAUCUACGUUUAAAGAAGUCGUUAAGGGCAUUGAUUACUCGAAGCUGUGCUAUUAUACCGACUAUAAUAGUAGCGUUGGUUUUCAAUAAAUCGGAAUCUUCUCUAGAUGUACUGAAUGAAUGGUUAAAUGUGCUGCAAUCGGUACAGAUACCGUUUGCACUUAUCCCACUUCUUACAUUAGUGUCGAAGGAGCAAAUUAUGGGAGUCUUCAAGAUCGGCCCUACACUUCAGAGGGCUGCAUGGACGGUGGCUGCGUUAGUGAUAGUGAUCAACGGGUAUCUUCUGUUCCACUUUUUCUUGUCGGAAGUUGACGGGUUUUUGUUUGGUUUGUUUGUGUCCGUUUGGACUGCGGCAUACGUCGCGUUUGUGGUGUAUCUUAUUUCGCAUAGCAAUAACGAGAUUUGGAAUUGGCUGAGCCGAUUUGUACCGAAUAGAUUUGCUUCUUCUGGAAAUUGAAAUCCAACAAAUUCAACUGAGGCAAAUUUCUUUUACCAGAUGAAAUUUGCUAA